ACCAUCAUUUUCUAUAUUAAAAAAAACCUUAAUUAAUUAGAAUAAAAGCCAGUAAAAAAAAAAGAAGUCAAAAGUCAUAAAAAGAAUGUCACAAAGUACAAAAUUUAAAGUCGUACAAUUGUCAGUUCCACAGACAGGUAUCAGUAAGCCUUCAUUUCUGCCCCCCUCCACUCUUGAGUGUCUGGAAUGGGCAUCUUCUAUCUUGCUUGUGAUAUUGGGGUUUGGUCGUCUCCUCUCAUGCUCAUCAACAGCAAUGCAGAGACAGGAAAAGGAGGGAAAAAAAAAAUAAAAAAAAGAAGACGGUUAUGACAGUUAGGACAAUAAUGGAGAGGGACACAUUCCCCAAAAUAAAACUAGAAAUAUCCCCGAAUGCGAACACUACAUGUACAGAACAAUAAAGAUUCUUAAAUCUUAACGAUCCAACAUACUUCACCACAGAAGGUGGGGAAGUCAGAUAAAUAUUCCCUAAACCGACUUUGACAAGUCUAUAAAGCAAACUGAAAUACAAAGAAUUUGAUUCCAGUUGUAAUCCAUAUUACGGCCGCUUUCUUCAUAUAAAAAAUAAAUAAAUGCAAGAAAAUGCUGCUUCAGUCUCAUAUCAAUUAGUUAAAAUAAGCAAAACCCAGGAAAAAAGUCUAAUUUUAUCA